AUGGAGAUGGGUCAGCUGCCACGAAUGCCCAACGCGGCACACUUCAACAACCAUAUGGACUUCGACUUGGAGCCCCCUCACUUUCCAAGGUCGCCGUCACAGUUGUCUUUCAUAUCCGAAACCGAUUCAAUGGCACCACUCGGCUCUGCUGGAGCCUUCAAAUGCGACAUCAUGGUCAAAUUCCUUCGUCAACGCCAGAUGGAAAAGCUCUGGUCCAACAGCGACAUUGAAGAGGGCGUGGUUCUGAAGAGAGGCAAGCACGACUUCGUCUGCCAGCCAUCUGAGCUCCUCUUUGCUCGAAAUGGCCUGUUCGAGCAAGUCAAUCGCCUGAAUGUUAAGGUUGCCAUGACCGUUAAGACGGACGUCAUUCAGUCAUUCUUACAGACCUCACAACUGCCUUAUGUUCCGUAUGUCGACGGGUUGCGUAUUCAGGUGCUGCCAAACCUCACCUUCCUGUCAAGCUGCAAAAAGCACCAUUUCGCCGCUUUCAUACGAGAUCCAGGCCUUUUGAUCGUUUGGCACGAUGAUCCCGAGCAGAUCAUCAGCAGAGCAGAGCAAAUCGAGCAGCAUCUUGUCUCUCUGCUCUGGAAAGACGAGACUAUUGUUCUCAAAAGCGCAGCACAGAGCAAGGCACCUUCGAUCAACAUCACUGAGAAGGUGGAUGCAAGCGACGAGGAAGAAGGCCGCCGAUAUGAUGACAAGCCAAGGAAGACGCUAUUGUAUCAACCAAUUCUCAUGAGCUUCGUCGGUAUCCUGGUCGUUCUCACCAUCGGGCUCGGAUGGCGGAAGGUCGCGAUCGAGGUCAAGACAGAUCACACCUACCUUCGACUUGUUCUGGCCGUGGUCAUUCUGCCUCAAAUAUGGCUUGGAUGGUUCUUCUUCCAAACCCUUGUUAACGGCAUAUCACAAAUGUUUGGCCCUGUUAACCAGAUGGAUUCAAAUUCUCGAACUUUCUCCGGACUGCGUUCAAAGAGACUCGAGACCGAAUCCCUUCCUCAUGUUACUGUGCAAUGUCCCGUCUACAAAGAAGGGCUCUGGAGUGUCAUCGAUCCUACCAUGGUCUCCAUCCGCGAAGCAAUCUCGACAUACGAGAUGCAAGGGGGUACCGUCAACAUCUUUGUCAACGACGAUGGCAUGCAGCUCCUCAAGGACAACGAGGCCAAAGAGCGUCAAGACUACUACGAGGAGCACAACAUUGGCUGGGUCGCUCGGCCCAAGCAUAAUCCCAGCCCGAAGCCAGAGAGCGGAGAAAAAGCCUUCGUCAGACCUGGAAAAUUCAAGAAGGCUUCCAAUAUGAACUACGCAAUGAAUGUUUCUGCCCGGGUUGAGGACAAGCUCGCCGGAGUUCCACGUCAUGACGGAUGGACACAGCAAGAUGAAGACCAAGUCUAUCAAGAAAUGCUUGACCAGAUCUUGAAAGAGGAUCAAGGUAGAACCUGGGCUCAGGGUGAUGUGCGUAUGGGCGACUACAUCUUGAUCAUCGAUUCAGAUACUCGAGUGCCUGCCGACUGCUUUCUCGACAUGGUCAGCGAAAUGGAAGCAUCUCCACAAGUGGCGAUCAUCCAAUUCAGCUCUGGUGUGAUGAACGUUACUUCAAGCUUUUUUGAGAAGGGCAUUACCUUCUUCACCAACCUGGUCUACACUGCCAUCCAAUUCGCAGUCGCAAACGGCGACAUUGCCCCGUUCGUUGGUCAUAAUGCUAUUCUACGAUGGUCUGCUCUGCAAGAUAUUGCCUAUGAGGAGGACGGUGUAGAGAAAUACUGGGCUGAGACGACGGUGUCAGAAGACUUCGACAUGGCGCUGAGGUUGCAAUCCAAAGGCUACGAUCUGCGAUUCAGUACAUAUUUCGGUUCCGAGGGCUUCCAAGAAGGUGUGUCCUUGACAGUAUACGACGAGUUGGCACGGUGGGAGAAAUAUGCCUACGGCUGUUCGGAACUCAUCUUCCAACCGCUGCGAUACUGGCCAACGCGAGGGCCUGUCACUCCCUUGUUUCGCAAGUUUAUGUUCUCAAAUAUGUCAUUGAUGGCAAAACUCACGAUCAUGUCCUACAUCGGCACGUACUACGCCAUCGCAUCAGCAUGGGUUCUUACGGUCAUGAACUACUUUCUCAUCGGCUGGUUCAAUGGCUAUCUUGACCACUAUUAUGUUGACUCGUUCAAGAUCUACUUCUCCAUCGUGGUUGUUUUCCAAGCUCUUGGUACUGUAUCGUUGGCGGUCCUACGCUAUCGCGUUGCUGGCCGCUCUCUCAUUGGUGCCUUCAUUGAGAACCUAACGUGGCUCCCACUGCUGACGAUCUUCCUGGGUGGCAUCUCCCUUCACGUCUCACAAGCAAUUGCAUCUCACAUGCUAUCGAUCAACAUGUCAUGGGGCGCAACAGCCAAGGAAGCAACUCGGACAUCUUUCUUCGACGAAGUGCCAACCAUCCUCCGGCGUUUCAAGUUCACCUUCAUCUUCUGCGUCAUUAUGACUACGGGUAUGAUUGUCCUUGCCGGAGUCGGUCCUCUUGGGCAAAUGGUUCCUCAUGACUGGCAGAUCAAAGACUUCACGGCCAUUUGGCCGUUGUCAUUGGUUGUUGCGUUUCACUUUCUUCUACCGCUAGUCUUGAACCCUGGGUUGAUGCAGUUCACGUUUUGA